AUGUCAUCUUAUGGAAAACUAGCAGCUGCUGGUAUCACAGGUGCUGCUUUAGCCCUAGCUUUAAAAGAAGCAUAUCAUCAAUAUUAUGAAACUAAUACAUCAUCAUCAAAAUCUGAAAAAAAAUUACAAAAAAUUAGAAAAGGAGAAAUACAACAUGAUGAAGAAUUAAUCAAAGAACAAUUAGCUAGAAAUUAUGCAUUUUUAGGUGAAGAAGGUAUGGCUAAAAUUAGAGAAGAAUUUGUUGUUGUUGUCGGAGCUGGUGGUGUUGGAUCUUGGGUUGCAACAAUGUUGAUCCGUUCUGGGAUUUCAAAGCUCAGAAUCAUUGAUUUUGAUCAAGUUUCAUUAAGUUCAUUAAAUAGACAUGCUGUUGCUACUUUAGAAGAUGUGGGGACAUCAAAAGUUGAUUGUUUAAAACAAAAAUUAUUAAAAAUUGCACCAUGGGCACAAAUUGAAGCUAUUAAUCAAUUAUGGCAUUUACCAAAUGCAGAAGAAUUAUUAUUACAUGGAGGACCAACAUUUGUUGUUGAUUGUAUUGAUAAUAUAGAUACAAAAGUUGAUUUAUUAACAUUUGUUAAACAACAUGAUUUAAGAAUUAUUAGUUCAAUGGGUGCAGCAUGUAAAAGUGAUCCAACAAGAAUUAAUAUUGGUGAUAUAUCAACAACUGAAGAAGAUCAAUUAGCAAGAUCAGUUAGACGUCGUUUGAAAAAAAGAGGUAUCACACAAAAUAUUCCAGUUGUUUUCAGUGCAGAAAAACCCGAUCCUAAAAAAGCUCAAUUAUUACCAUUACCUGAAGAUGAAUUUCAAAAAGGUAAAGUUGAUGAAUUAAGUGCCCUAAAGGAUUUUAGAGUUAGAAUUUUACCUGUUUUAGGUACAAUGCCUGCAAUGUUUGGAUUAACUAUAGUUUCAUAUAUUUUGACAUCAAUUGCAGGUUAUCCAAUUGAACCAAUUGAAGGUAAGAAUAGAAUUAAAGUUUAUGAUGGUAUUUUCCAAAGUCUUGCAGGCCAACAAUCAAGAAUUGGUCAUGAUCAAAGAAUCCCAAUUGCAUUAAAAGAAGUUCCAUAUAUUGUUGAAGAAGUAUUUAGAGGUAAAUCACCAGUUUCAGGUUUUAGUACAAGAUUAACAUUAUCUAAAUGGGAUCCAAAAAGACCAGUUAGUUUAACAAAUGUUGUUGUUUUAACUAAAGAAGAACAAAAAUUCCAUGAAGAUCAUGUUUUAAAUGGUGGUAAAGCACUUGAAGAUGUUUAUGAUGAACAAGUUUUAAAAUUAGUUGAAAAAAGAUUUAAAGAAGAGGAAUAUUAUGAAAAUUUUAGAUAA